AUGUCUGAAACGGUGGACACAAACGGUGAGACAAUCGCCCGCACGAGCGCUACCGACGAGACCACUGAUGGCAACACUGAAGACACGCGUGAAGUCGUGCCAAAUGAUGGCCACAAUAACGGAGACAAUGAAGAAGAGGGCGACGGAGAGGAGGAGAACGAUGGCGAAGGAGUUCCCGAUAUUAGGUCGUUGUUGUUCGGGAAUGAAGAGGAAUACGAAGAGGACGACGACGACGAGGAGGAGGACAACGACACGCCUGAAGACAGUGCCGUUGGAUCUGUUGCAUCAGUCGGUGAUAUAAAACGAGGCAUUAAGAGUGUUGUGGUGUCGGAGUCGGAAGAGACGGCUUCAAAGCGGCCCUCAAGUGAGUCAAGCGAUUCCACGACUAAUAAACGUAUUAAAGCGGAACCAAUAGAUCAAGAGUCGGACACUCAACACACAUCUCAGACGGUUGUGGAUUCGGUGACAAUUACUCCUCCGAACCCAUUGACCACUACUUGUGAACCAAUUGAAGUCUUGGAUCUCCCGAAAGACAUGAAAGACUUUAUGACUUAUCUGUUGGGAUUGAGUGGCAAUGAUUUGGACUCUCCAGACGUGUCCCGCAUAUCGAUGUAUUCACAGUUGAAAGACAUUUCCCGUACUCUUCAGUUCAAAUCGAUGCCCACAUUUCUGGAGGCAUUCAUUCCGUUCGUUGUGACAGACUUUUGGCAAAAAGCGAAUCUUGAAUUCACUGCGAAAGCGAAGAUUCGCGGCUCUCAUCGGAAGUGUUCAGUUGUGGACAAAUGGAAGACCGAUAGAAUGCACGACGGAUUGGAAAUGAAGUGCAUUUCAAUCAUCGGAACCGAAGACAAGCCUUACUUCCGGUUCGGGCAGUUAGUAGUGAUCCAAACGGCUUUUCAACCGCCGCCCAACUCCUCUCAGCCCACUGUUAGUCGACGCAAAUACUUGGGAUACGUGACCAACCAUUCCGUCCGCGCAAUCAAUGCCGAACAUCAGUCCGAAGUGAAUCACUUGCGCUACUUCUGCAGAGAAGACAAACGAGACUAUACUUUGAUCGAAGAAAUCUCUUUUAUGACCCGAUAUAGCGAAGAGAUGUAUGAGAGAAACGAUUGGCUUAUGAUCGCCCAACCGGUCAUUUGUAUUCACCACUAUGUGCUCCAAAUGAAGGCUAUCUUCAAGUUUGAAAACUUCUCCAUUUGGAGACAAAUAUUCUCUCCACUCUUCUCAUCAAAACCUUCGGGCCUUUUAUGUCAGAUAAAUGACUCCAAAUUCAGUUCUAAGCACAGAGAGUGCAUUCAGAUAGCGAUCGAUGUGGUGUCCAACCCAUCGCCCGCGCACUCAAACUUUGUACUACUUAAGGGUUCGGACAAAUCCUAUGUUUUGGCCGAAAUUGUAAAGCAACUCGUUUUGUGCGACGGCUUCGGCCAAUCAAAAGUAUUGGUCGCUUCUAACGACACACUUGGACUCCGAAAUCUCCACCAAUCACUCAAACGUAAUACCAAACGAAUCUCCGAUUACUUUGUGACCAAUAAUGUGUCGGAUCUGAAGGAUCAGACCAUUAAACACAUUAGACAUAAGCUCACGAAGACAUUGGACGAGAAGAAGAGGAGUCUAUACGAGCAGUGUUUAGAGUACUUACACAGAGAUAUACAUUUCGAAGAGAUGUCAGUCGAGAUGAGUCUGUUUUUGAGCGCUCUCUACGAUCAGGUCAAACAGGAGUGUAUGAGAGAGUGUUCAGUGAUUAUGGGACGCGUCGACGAUCUCUGCAAUGACACCAUGUUUUACAAAAUCUUCUCCACCGGAACGCCAUUCAGUUGUUGCGUAAUCGACGGCUCGGCGACAGUGACUGAACCGCAACUCUAUUCCCUUUUGUGGUUUGGAAUCAAUAAAUUUAUAUUCGGUUACAAUUCUUACGAGAAAAACAAAGACCAAAACGAUAUUUGCGUCCGCUUUGGGUUAACGCGUUCUCUCUGUAGGGCAAUAAAUCUCGAGAUGGCGUCGCUACUUAGGUUACGGAGGGUUAGCCGCUGA